AUGUCACCAAUGUAUGAGGCAAUGGUGGAGGAACUGGAUCGCUUGGACAAUAGCACGGAGGUGCACAGUCAAAUACACAACAAGAAUGGUGAGAAAGGAAUCUGCUUUGAACAAGAAGCACUGUUGCGAGUGCCAGCGUUUCGUCAGAGCUAUUUGCGUAGCACGUGGACUGUGGUGAAGCGACAAGUGCGGCUGUUUGCACGCAACAAGGUCUACUUCGUUGGUCGGCUGCUGCUGGAUUUGCUAGUCGGCCUAAUGGUGGGGUCAAUCUACUAUGGUAUGGACCUAGCAGACCCACAGGUAACGCUGGGCGUGGUCUUUUCGUGCGCGCUUUUCCUUGGACUCGGUCAGUCUGCAACACUGGCACCAUUUUUUGAUGCACCAUUGUCGCUACCAGUUUCAGAUACUAUCCCGACGUCAAGACUACAAAAUGAGUCGUACGUGAUGUUAUCCUCACCUCAUGGAGACGAAGCCGAGUUGCUGGAGAAUGACGAGGCCGGUUCUCAGCUUCCAGGUGACGGCGACGAUCAUGAUGUUUUAAGAGAAGAUGACGGCUUGAACGACUCGUUUCAUGCCUCGCAGGGAAUUCAAACGAACCCUGAAGACUACAUGGUACGCUUGACACCUCGGUGGGAUGUGCUACCUGUCACGCUAGCGUUCCAAGAUCUACGAUACAGCAUCACCGUCCCCGCAGAUUCUGGUCUAGAGCUAGCUGGACAAACUGGAGCUGAAGGAGUCUCUGGUGGUUGUCCAGUAGCUGAAGAUUCCUCUGCCAACUCGGGCAAAACGCUAAUACUUGGAGAUUGUCCCGAUGAGCAAUUGCGGCAGAUCGUAGAGGCUGCUGCCUCCAACACCACCAUUGAUGUCUCGAGUUGGCCUCUAGGCUGCCAACCACUCACCGAUGCACCUCCUGCUGUGGCCAAUAUUCCGCUCAUCUCGUACAUUGACAAAGUUUUUGGAGCACGUCGUAAAGACACGACAUGUUCGGUCGCCAUUGUGAUGGGCAUCUUGCUGGUGAUGCGUUUGGCAACAUUGAUCGUCAUGCGUCUUGUAAAUCAUCAAAAGCGCUGA